AUGACUACCAGCCCUCCCCACAACAUCCUGAUCACCGGAGCCUCAGGCUACCUAGGAGGAACGCUCCUCUCCCGCUGGCAAGUAGCCCAACUACCUUCCCACGGCACCCUGUAUGCUCUCGUGCGAACCGAGCAACAGAGCCAGGCCGUGCAGCAAUACGGCACCACUCCAUUGUACAUCAACCUCGAAGACGACCAGAACAUUGUCAAGACCAUCAUUGACCAUGAAAUCUCCAUCAUUUACUUCCUCAUCGACGCCGCCAGCGCCCGCACCCAAGUCCCCAUGAUCCAGGCUCUGGGCCAAGUGCGCGAGCGCACCGGAAAGACCGUCCAUUUCUUGCAUACUUCUGGUGCUAAGCUAUUUAGUAGCCACGCGGGACAUCCGACCGAUCAUGCAUUCUCGGAUGCUGAUCCAGGGCUGUAUGAAUUGCAGAGGACUGCGAAGCCGUCGCAUCCGUGGCUUGGGCCGGCCCUGGAGGCGAAUAAUACCGUAAUCGCCACAGCAGAAGCGCAUGGGGUGCGCAGCUACAUCUUCAUUCCGUGUGUGGUCUACGGACCGGGAGAAGGGUUCGGGAACCGCAUCUCUAUCCAGACGGUCGCGAUUGUCAAGGCAGCUCUGAAAGCGAAGCGUGUGUAUCGUGUGGAUUCUGGACGGCCUGUAUGGCCCGUCGCUCAUAUCCAAGAUACAGUCAGCCUGUAUCUGGAUCUGCUGCGGAAAAUGCUUCUCGAGGAAGCGCUGGAUUCAGGGAGGCGGGGGUACUAUUUGGCUGCCUCGGGCACGGUGGCGUGGGAUGAUCUGUAUAGUGCUAUGGCGCAAAGGCUGGCGGAAAGGGGAGUGAUUGAGGAUGCUACGGUGGCUGAUGCCAAUGAUGCUGUCUUGGAGAAAAUAGGCGAGGCGCUGGGUCGUCCCAAGGACUUUGUGCCUGUGGAAUUGGGCGGAGGAUGUGUGCUGGAUGCCCAGCAUGGACGGCAGAUUGGCUGGCAGCCGCAAUAUAAAGCCGAGCAUGCUCUCACCGCUGCAAAAGAGGAGGUGGAUUGGAUCCUGGAGCAUCUGGACCGGGCCUGA